CAAGGGGGGCUUAUCUAAUGCUGCAGGAGGUUAAAGAGGAAAUGCUCUCCCACAUCCACAGCAGAGCAGAGGAAAUGUCACUGACGAACGCCAGCAUGUGGGUGACUGUGGCGAUGGAGAGCCACAACUUUACGCAUGGAUCCCCGGUCUCCGUGAACAAAACACAGACUCUGCAGUCAGAAAUGGCCAGUGUGCAGACGGCCAUCAGUUUGCCUAUUUUCAUGUUUGCUGGAGGAGCCAUAGGGAAUUUGAUCGCAAUAAUCGUCCUUUCAGUGUCGAGACAGGAGAGAAAAUCAUCGGCUUUCUACACGCUGGUUUGCGGUCUGGCGGUCACGGACCUGCUCGGCACCUGCCUGGCCAGUCCACUCACCAUAGCCAACUACCUGGACCAGCAUGUGCUAAGAAACCAGCACGCGUGUGAGUUUCACUCCUUUUUGCUUCUGUUUUUCGGUUUAACUGGACUCAGCAUCAUAUGCGCCAUGGCAGCGGAGCGCUACCUGGCCAUCUGCUGCCCUUACACCUACCAGCGCUGGGGUGUGGACAGACGCUUCGCGCAAAAGUUCCUUUUCUUCAUUUACCUAAGUCACAUUUUCUUCUGUUGCCUGCCGAUGAUGGGCAUGGCGAGGAGCGAGCUGCAGUCGUCCGCCACCUGGUGCUUCAUCGACUGGAGAACACAAGACCCGGCGGCCGCCGCUUACUCCAUCAUGUACGGCGCCGUCAGCCUGCUGCUCAUCAUGGGAACCAUCGUGCUGAACCUGGCGGUGUGCGGAGCGCUGCUGCUGAUGCGGCAGAGAACCGUGCAGCGGCCCGUCACCAGAGCCAGUGUCCGGCAGCGGUGGAAGGCUCUGUCCUCGGCCGCAGAGACGCAGAUGAUGGCGGUGCUGGUGACGACCUCCGUGGUGGUUCUGGCCUGUUCUGCACCGUUAGUGGUUCGAGUGUUUGCCAACAGCUUCAAGAUGAAAACUGACCCCAAAGCUGACCUGGCAGCGAUAAGGAUUGCCUCGGUUAAUCCCAUCCUCGACCCCUGGAUCUACAUCCUGCUCAGGAGGUCUUUGUUUCGAAGGCUGCUCAGUUUAUCCAGACGAAGCAGCAGCACUCGCAGCAGUGCCUCCUCGUCACCACAGAGGAAUCUGUUUUAUCCUGACAUCAUGAGGGACAGCCACGUGUUCACGCAGUUAAUGUGUAGCACAAACAUCAUCACUCAGCUUCCUGCCACUGUCAAAUUCACUCCAUGCGACACAGAAAGCCUCCAGCAGACUUCACACACAGCAGACUGACGGCAUGUUUUGACAUGAGCGAAUGUUUGCAGUGCGAUGCAGCCAUGCAGACUCUGAACCUGUGAUGAGACGGAAACACAGAGGACAGAGCUGGACAGAGGUGCUGCAGGAUCUAGUAUGCAGGACUUGUGGCCUGGUGUCAACACAGCAGUUGGUCCCUUUCUUCCCUGCUCACUCCCACCAGCAUGGAGUCUCUGAGUCGCUAAUCACCUUAAGCUGGGGACAUACUACAAGAUUCACAGUUGGACAAAGUCUGCACCAGUCAGCACUAGUUGGGGACAUAAAUCUGUUAGUGUGUGAGAGUAACAGACCCGACCCGACCUCAGUUGCGGUCAGUAAAACAUGUUUGAAUUCUUUGAGCCGACUCUGGACACAAUCGGGUAAUACUGUACUGAUUACUGACCCAACUGCAAACACAUGCUGCCAACAGCCAAAAAUGAAAGACAGGAGGAGGGACACAGGAAAUAGUGUCAGAAGAAAGACAUCGGGAAGCAGCAGGAAUAUCAAAACAACAAUGGUGAUGUUUGUUUACCCUUUAAACCAGGGUCUCAAACUUAAAUGACUCAAGUGAAAAACAUUUUUGGGGAAAAGCAACUAGUAAGGGUGGGCGCUAUGAGCUUAAAAUGAUAGAUAUUUCACAGAAUCUCAAAAUAAAAGUGUGUUGA